AUGGAGAUUCAUACGGUGGUGUGUGCCCAGGUGAAACCGCCGGCCACGACGAAUCAACCCGCUCAAGUGCCGCCUCCGCCCGCCCCUGAGAAGCGGAAACGGGUGCGGCGAUGGCAUCACCGCGGUUUCACCGGCUGUUCGACCUGUCGACGACGACAUGUGCGCUGCGACGAAGCCUCGCCCUCCUGCAAAAAUUGUACGCGAUUAGGCCUCGAAUGCGAUGGGACGCAGGGUCGGAUGACCUUCAAGGUCUACGGUCCACCCCCGCCGUCUUCGGAAUCUUCUUCCGCGAAACGCCGCGAUAAGAAAUCCAUAUCGGGGCCCAUCGAUGCUCCGACCCCCAUUGUCACUCAUCAUAUCAAGCAGGAGACCGAUGACGAUGACAGUGCCUACGAUGGGGUGGUCAUCUCGCCGUCGACCGUAUCCGAGUCCCGUCCGGUCAAAUACCACUUCCAAGACCCCAUCUCCCCCACCGAAUUCAUGUCCUCUUUAGAUUGCCUGGACGGUCGCUACUACACUCACUUCAUCGAUCAAGUCUCCACCCUUCUUCUCAUCUACGAUAACUCCAGCAACAUCAACCCUUUCCGAAGUUGCUUUCCCGACCUCGCUCACUCGUCCCCUUCCAUGGCCAGCGCCAUGCAGGCCCUGGGGGCCUUACACCUCGCCAACACUUCCACUGGGCACGACCGAAACGCACAUUUUCAGCAGGCUAUGAGCAAAUAUGGAGAGGUGGUCCGCACGUUUCGGACGCGAUAUACGGAACCCGACCGGCAGCUCCGGCUGACCGAUUUUGCCACCUGCCUACUACUCUCACUAUUCGAGAUGAUGGACUCGCAAAACCACAACUGGACCAUCCAUCUCAAAGGCGCCCGCGAAAUUUACCGCAUCCUCUUCCUCCCUAACACCGACCCGGGCAAAGAAGCCCAGCGCCUCGCCGAACUCAACCAUCCCCUCCGACCCUUCCUCGUCUCCCUCCUCUCCUAUCUCGAUGUUGCCGGCGCAUGCGCUACCGGCGAAGGGACUGUGGUGGAAGGGAGCUACUGGAAAACACUCGGUGGCGGAUGGGAGUACAAUCUGGGCACCCCGAGCCUCUCGGCCGAAUCGCCCGUGGACGCGCAUCUCCUCGUCGAGCUGCGGCAGUGCUGGUCCGUCAUGAUGGAGAUCCAGGCGGCGAUCAGUGCGUUCGGCAAGGCCAAACACGCGGGAUGGUUGACGUACGAGCAGCAGGACAUCGUCUAUCGGGAUCUGCACCGGCGGCUGGUCGAGUGGCGACUGGAGGCCCCGCCCAGCCUCCAGGAAUUGACCAGUCUCGAUGACGAAAGUCUGCAGCAGUACAAGUACCCGGAGGUGCUGGAGUAUGCCGGAUGCAUUGAGGCCUACGAAAAGGCCACCAAUAUCUUCCUACACAAGGUUGGGGCCGCCGAUCGGCCGGACCGACAACCCCAGCAAGAGAUCAUGGAUAUGCUGGCGUCGCGCAUUCUGUCAUUGAUCGGCAAACUGGCCAAAGAUGUGGGUCAGUUGGCGGUGCUGUGGCCGCUGUUCACCGCGGGACGUGAGACCCGCGACGAGACGGAGCAGAAAACGUGGAAAAAGGUCUGGAGGAACUAG